UCUGUGAACUCUUCAGUAGCUCAGCUCUCAUCUCAUCAUGCAUAUCCACUGUGAACUGGUAAUUCUCUUAUUGGCAAUGACCGUUCACACCGAAGCGAUAUAUGGAGGUCGUGAGGCUGUGCCACAUAGCAGACCGUACAUGGUGCUAUUGGAGAGGAUGAUGCCAAAUGGUGAAACUAAGUACUGUGGUGGUUUCCUUCUGAAUGAGGAUUUUGUGAUGACUGCAGCCUUUUGUGAAGCCAGGUCCUACAAUGUCAUACUAGGACUUCAUAAUUUCAGAAUCCAAAAUAAAUCAGUCGUACAGAUUAUAUCUACAAAGCAAUCAUUUCCACAAAAAAGAUACAAAGAUAAGAAUCCUGACAAUCAAAUGAUGCUACUGAAGUUAAGCUCCAAGGCAAAAUUCAACAACUAUGUGAAACCAAUCGCUCUGGCAGACCUGGAUGAUCCUGCUCCUAAAUCAUGUAUCGUCUCUGGCUGGGGACGUCAUAACACGACUGGAUACAUGUCUUUGACACUCAGGGAAGCCAAUGUAACGCUGAUACAAAAGAGCGUGUGUGCAGACUUUUACUGUUCUGCCGAUGAAGAAGGACCUGUUGAGGGAGAUGGAGGUAGUCCACUGGUCUGUGAAAAUGGAAAGGCCUAUGGAGUGGCGGCUUUCCUAUUCUAUAUUGAUGGCUCAAGAUUCAGUAGUUAUUCUCGUAUUCCCGACAUCAGCGGUUCCACAUCCUCAGUAGAAAACAACGUGUUUUGCUCAUUGUAAAAGCUUAAACAUGCCAAUGUGUUCAAUGCACGCAGAAUAUCAGACUUCCUAUUUUUAGAAAUGCUAGAAUGAAUACUACUACUACUACUUCUAUUAUACAUUUUAAUUUUGUCCAGUUUAGAAAAAAAGAUCUGAAAAUUGUAAAACUAGAAGCUACUCUGCAUUGUGCUUUCAAUUUCCUUAAUAAAGUAAGUAUUUGUGA